GCGUUGCCUGCCGACAGCAGCGACCUGUUGUGAGCAUUGCGAGCCCCGCUGCCGUGAAGUUGCGGGGAAAGUAUCUGAAGUCGCGAAAGCUUCAAAUCUCCAAGAUAUCAAAAUGGACGAGCGGCGCAUGCAUCAGGACGAUGAGGAGCUGCAACAGCAGCAGCAGCAGUCUCCAAACAAUCGGAAGGCUCCUUCACGCACCAGGCAGAAUGCAGCUCAGUCUGUGCGACAGUAUCCUCCUGCCUUGGCAGAGGCAGCAACCCAGACUUGUCAGUCUCCACAGGCUCAGUCAGUUAAGCACACCCCACCAGUGCCUAAGGUGUCUUCUGGCAGCAGUCAGCGACCGAGUGGAGAGGCGGCUUCUGAUACGAACUCCCAAGGCUGCGUGAAAGUGGUGCACGACAUGCUGAUGACUGCAAGCAACUGUGGCAGCAAUUGGCCAUCCGACCAAGAAGACAUAUUUCGCCUCCUGGUGCAUGGGAGAGAACAUUUUGAAAUAUUAAAGAAAAUCAAGGAAAACCUGGAGCUGAUCCGAACGCUGCCCACGGAUGUCAAUGUGUUGCGCAACCUGCAGCAACAACAAUACGUGACGGAAUUGCGUGGCAGGCCGUUCAACCUCAGCCGACACGGCAGCGAGUGUUCACAGGAAGUCUUGACCGGCAGCCAGGGACCCUCCAGUGCCGGCGAAGGUUCCUCAUCAGGCGUUGCACAGGAUGUUGUGACGGGUGAAGCGAGUGGAUCCAAUGGUCCCCCACGGCCACCGGACGGAGACAACCCACCGGCCCGGCUUGGAACCCUGCCGGACAGCGGCAAGCCUGGCAACGCUCUUUACAACUUCCUGAAACAAAUCGACUGCUUGGAGUUUUUGGAGAAUUUCACUUCACGUGGAUUGUCGAGUGACUUGGAUGAACUGGGAGUCCCAGAAGCCAAAAAGCGACUGCUGCUGAGUGGAAUCGAAGAGCAUGGUGUGUCCACCACGAUCUCCAGCGAGACGACGCUGCAGCGCUCGUCCAGUGAGGAGACAGUCCACCUCAGCUCCGAGGACGACAACGAUGACGGCAUCGACACCAAGGACGGCAUCCGUGCCAAAGUGUUCUCAGCGCUGCGGCCCUCUGGCAGUCAUCUGUCCUCUGUCGGCAAUCGCCAGCGACCACCUCCGCUGCAGUCGCUCCAAGCUGCCCACCCCGACCCCCGCUCCACUGCCCCACGCUGGCCUGGCACGGCGCGAGUGUGCAGCACCAUCUCCUUCACCUGCAGCUGCGAGGAUCAAUCGGCAGCGUCGUCUUCCCCGCACCUCCUAUGA